AUGCACCAAGGGCAUAUUGGCCUGCAGGAUGCCCUCUCCGGUCGCUCCCAUCCCUCGAUUAUGCCCGGGCAGGCGUAUACUUUUGAAAUUGUGAUGACCGACACCACGCAAUACGAUUAUAUCAUUGAACGAUGCGUUUUGAAUGGACAGGAGAGAUUUUUCGACCAAUAUGGAUGUAUUCAUUGUACGAAUACGUUUGUGAAGGUCUGGGAAACAGAGGGAUAUGGACAACCUGGAAGUAUAAAAAGGACGCUGGUUCAUUUAAUUGCACCAACAAGCGUGAUGAAUAUCGAAUGUGAUAAAUCAUGUGUUCGAAAACCCUUGCUUUUCGCAUUCGUACAAGAACUCGUCCAUCUGAACUAUUAUUGCCCGGUUGGCCCCCCGGCUCCCCCGCCAAUGGCACCAAUCCCACCACCACAAACUGCCUAUCCUUGCCAGCCAGUCACUUAUGGGCGGAUCCCGUGUGGGUUCACAAAAGAUGCAUAUCCGUUUCCGGGAUAUAUUCCACCACCACCGCCGCCACCUAUCAUUCCACCGCCUCCCCUACCUCCAGCCGAUCCCUAUGGUGGAGGCGUUAUAAUCGAUCGUGAACGUCAUUGUGAUCGAAACUAUGAUGAUCGUUCUGGAUAUUAUGAUGCUAAUACAGGAACUGUCAGCCAAGGCCAUUACAAGAAAAAUCGCUCUCGAUCGCCACAUAUUUAUUCCAAUGGCGGGGCCUUUGAAACAUACUCUAGAGAUUAUAAUGAGGGCGCUGAUACCAGCACCUAUAUAAAUCGCGAGAGUCGUGUGAGGAGAAGCAGUGAAGGAGCCGCCUAUGUAAAUAGAGCGUAUCCACAACCAAGGGAAAGAUCUUACGAUGGAACUUUCCAUGCACGCGCCACUACUAUCGACGGUGGUUAUGGAAACCCUGCUUAUAAUUACCGAGAAAAUAACGAGGUUGUCGGGCUUGAAGGUGGAUACGAUCGGAUAACUCGAGUGGAACGGGAAUACGAAGAUGAGGAUGAUGAUUACGUUGUAGAGAAGGAUAUCAGAACCACAACAACGACAAAGAUAAUCGAAGAGCGGAGAGUCCUUGACGAAGAAGACGCCGGUUAUUCAACAGAAUUGAGGGAUUUCGGAAGAAGCCAUGCAACCCCAAUUAUUCGUGUCAACCAUUCCCCAAGCGAAGAGAAUUUCCGUGAAGAAACCGUGCAACGAGCCGUAUACGCCCAUUCGGUGCCUGUU